ACGAUUCUUUUUUUUUUCUGUUCUGCUUCCGUACGACUGAAAAAUUUAAAAGUUGAACAAACACUGAUAAAAAAAAAAAAGAAAUCAAAAAAUAUCCUUCUUGAUCCCCUUCCUUCCUUCCCUCUUCUUCACGAAUAGUCAACGAACAACAAGAUGAAUCCAGCUGUCACCAACAUCGUCGUCAUGCUUGUCAUGAUGCAAGUCUCCCGUCGUUUAGACUUGGAAGAUCCAACUAUUUUACUCUAUGUUAGAGCUGCCUAUUUAGGAUGUCAAGCCAUUGCUUUAGCAGUUUACUUAUUAGUGAGAGUUAAAAUCAAUGCUAAGAAUGAUUUAACUACUUUGAAAUAUGUUGAACCAGCUAAUCCAUUAGGUGGUGAAUCUGAACCAAAGGCUGUGAUCACCACUGUCAAGGAAUAUGAUUUAAAACAAAUUGAUACUUUAAUUAAAGGUGUCUUUAGUGGUAUGGCUAUGAUGGGUGUUAUGCAUGUUUACAUGAAAUAUACCAAUCCAUUAGUUAUGCAAUCUGUUUCUUCUGUUAAAUCUGCUUUAGAAGCCAAUAUUGUUAAGAUUCAUCUUUUCGGUACUCCAGCUACUGGUGAUUUAAAGAGACCAUUCAAGGCUGCUGCUGGUUUCAUGUCUGCUUUCACUGGUGGUGCUGGUGAUGUCAUUACUGAUAAACAAUCAGUUGAAAGUGCUGAAGUUAGUGGUAGAGGUGGUAUCAAAGAAGAUUAGAUUUUGAUUUUUGAUAAAUAAUACUUAUAUUCAAUUCUUCUAGUUUAUUUUUCUUUUCAAAAAGAAAAUGCUUUGACUGUCUAU